AUGAACUUCGGCGGCUUCAAGCUGCCGCCGUCUCGCGAGAUGCCGCACCCGGGCAUAGCGCAGGCCUUCCCGCGCUACGGCUACACGGGCGGCAACAUGAUGCCCUGGGCCUGCAACAACAUGACCGGCCUGCAGUCGCUGCAGCGCGGAACAUACGAGUUUCGUGAGUGCGUUCAGUGUGGUACGGUCACCCAGUCCUGCUACCCGGACGGCACGGGGCACUUCCUCUGCGGCGCCUGCUUCUGCAACCCCAAGUGGAAGGGCAUGGGCCAUCCUCGUCUCUUCAACGCCAGGAGAGGGUCGCCGUACGCUCGUCGAUUUCACUCGAUGUGCACGAACUGUGGCACCACGCAGACGACUCUCUGGAGGCGGAACAACGAAGGUGAGCCGGUUUGCAACGCCUGUGGUCUGUACUUCAAGCUUCAUGGCAUCCGCCGACCCCUGUCCAUGAGGAAAGACGGAAUUCAAACUCGGAAACGGAAGCCGAAAAGCAAGAGACGAACAGAAGAUAAGGACAAAAAAGAGUGCGCAAGCAUCGAGAAGGGCAAGGAGUGCCAGCUGACGACGCCAGCGCGGGAGACCCCGACGACAGCGGCCGCCACGUCCACCUCCUGCCGGCCGGCCGCCGCCGAGCCGACGCUCAGCUGCUCCUACCGGUCGGUCGCCGGCAGCGCCACCUCGGAGUUCGGCGCAGCGACCGGGGCGUCAUCUGUGCACCGGUCGCCCGUGUCCGGCUCGAGCCUGGCCCUGCCCGGCGGGGUCGCGCCGACCGCCGCCUUCACCGGCCUCGCGCCCGGCCUGGGGUACGGGCCAGCGCUCAGUAAAGCCAUGUGCUCGGACAGCGCGCACAGCCCUCCGUGAUGCUGGGCAUGAGCGUAGGGCCACGCGCGCCGACGUACCACUGCCGAUGAACCCUAACGAACUGAUAUUGCAAUUCAUGCAAUCAUGAGUAUAUAGUGUGCACAUAUUUUGUGAUUUGAGAGUUGAAUUUUGCAUGGUAUUUGUGAUAAAAGAAGGGUAUGAGCUGCGUUGACUUGUGCGAAUCUCUAUGGACACGUUUUCAAAAUAGUGAUAUUGGAUCGCAAGUGUUCUUAUUCUCGGCAAUACACGCUUUAGCCAGGAUAUUCUAAGAUGGCUAUGAGGUGAUUGACGGAUGUCAUUUCGUUUAAUACGUCUUUUUCUAAUAAAUGUGUCCCAAUGUCUGUGGAAAAGCGUGAAG